GACCUGCCCAUGGCGUUCGACCUCAGGCCACGGCCCCGCCCCCAGGCCCAGCUCCUGGAUUUUGCCGCAGCCAAAGAGUUCCAAGUGGACAUCACCCUGGACCCAGCCACGGCAGGACCCGAAGUCAUCCUCUCCGAGGACCUCAAAGUGGCCACCUGGGGUCGACCCAGCCACCAGUGGCCCCCGGGCCCGGCGCGAUUCGACACUGACCCCUGCGUGCUGGGCCACCAAGGCUUCACCUCGGGCCGCCAUUACUGGGAGGUGGAGGCUGACGGCCGCUUCUGGGCCAUAGGGGUGGCCCGCGAGUCGCUGCAGAGGCGAGGCCGCCUCCUCUUCAAGCCCAACACCGACAUUUGGGGGGUGCAGAAAUACGAGGGGCUCUGCGUGGCCCUGACGGCCCCUUCCAACACCUCCGUCCCCCUUCAGGAUGGGGACAUCGGGGUCUUGUUGGACUACGAGGCCGGAGCUGUCUCCUUCUACGCCGCCGGACGGCACCAGCGCAUCUUCACCUUCCCUGGGGCCUCCUUCGGCGGAGAAAGGGUCCUCCCCUACUUCGGUGUCCUCCUUUCCACCAUCAAAUUGGGCCCCAAAAAACCCUGA